AAUAUGAGUAACCUAAUUAAUUUUGAUGAAAAUUUGUCAGAGGAAUUUUUGGACGAGAGCACUCAAGUCUCCAGUGUCAACGUCUCAUUAAACUUGGAAAAGAAUAUGUCAAAGCCUUUAUUUAGCAGCAAACUGGUAGCUGGAGAGAUCUACACAAGUCCAUCUUGUCCAUCUGGAGGAUUUCUGCAAGCCCCAAAACUAUUAGAAAGUGAGGGUCCAAUAGCAACAAGAAAGAGGCUGCCAUUUAAGAAAGUAUACUCCUAUGGCCCAAAGGGUAAAUCUAAACUUCAGAGAGACAUUUCAACUCUAUUGCAGAAAGCAAUGAGGAUGAAGAGUGUCCAAAAUUUCUACACAGAGCAAAGAAACAACUCUAUUUCUCCACAGAAAAAGAACAAAGAAACUCCUUGUAGAGUUCAAAGAGGGUUCACAAUCCACGAAGUGGCUGGGCCUGCAUGUUUCUCUUCCUAAACUAACUUAAUUAAUUCUAAAUAUCUAAAACCU